AUGGACGGCGAUGGCCGCAGCGACGACUGCGACGCCGGCGGCGAGUGGAUCUGGGUGCGUCGACCGCAGGAAGCGGAAGCUGCGGCUGCGGCGGCGGGGUGGCCGGCGGAGGAGGCGCGGCCUCUGAAGGUGGUGUUCGCGGCCCCAGCGAGGUACUUCACCGACGCGGCGCCGAUCGGGAACGGCCGUCUCGGCGCCUUGGUCUGGGGCGGCGUCACCUCCGAGAAGCUCCAGCUCAACCAUGAUACAUUAUGGACGGGCGGACCUGGUAAUUAUACAAACCCCCAAGCACCUACUGUUCUUUCUGAAGUAAGGAGCCUUGUUGAUAAGGGACUGUAUCCUGAAGCUACAGCUGUUGCUUAUGGCCUGUCUGGUGACGAGACGCAGAGUUACCAGCCUCUCGGUGAUAUUGAUCUUGCCUUUGGUGAGCAUAUCAAGUAUACAAAUUAUAAAAGAUACCUUGAUUUGGAAUCUGCAACAGUUAAUGUCACAUACAGUGUUGGGGAAGUAUUGUACUCAAGGGAACACUUCUCCUCAAAUCCACAUCAAGUAAUCGCGACUAAAAUCUCUGCAAACAAACCAGGAGCUGUCUCCUGUACAGUAUCUUUAGCUACACCACUAGAUCACCGGAUUCGUGUAACAGAUGCAAAUGAAAUAAUCAUGGAGGGUAGCUGCCCAGGAGAAAAGCCCGCUGGAGAUGACAAUGCAUCUGAUCAUCCUCCGGGGAUGAAAUUUUGUGCUAUUCUCUACCUGCUGACGAGUGGUGCCAAUGGCCAAGUGCAAGUAUUAAAUGAUAAGAUGCUGAAACUUGAUGGUGCCGACUCAGCAGUUUUGCUCCUUGCAGCUGCAACCUCAUUUGAAGGGCCAUUUGUCAAGCCUUCUGAAUCUACACUUGAUCCAGUGACAUCAGCAUUCACAACAUUAAAUAUGGCUAGGAGCAUGUCAUAUGCACAGCUAAAAGCUUAUCACAUGGAUGAUUACCAAAGUCUUUUCCAGCGCGUGUCCUUGCAACUUUCACGAGGCUCUAAUGGUGUACUUGGAGGUAGCACUUUGGCUCACUUACCUGAGAAUAUCUCUCAGGAUGCUGAGGUAUCUGAUUGCACUGUACCGAUGGUUGACUGUUCAAGGUUAAACGAGCUUAAUAAUUCAGAGAAGCCUACUGUAGACCGAAUUAUAAGUUUUAGACAUGAUGAAGAUCCUUCUCUGGUAGAACUUCUGUUUCAGUUUGGGCGCUAUCUACUCAUUUCUUGUUCGAGGCCUGGAACUCAGGUUUCCAAUCUGCAAGGAAUAUGGAACAACGAGACUAAUGCACCAUGGGGUACAGCUCCCCAUCCAAAUAUAAAUCUUCAAAUGAAUUACUGGCCAUCACUUCCUUGCAACCUUAGUGAAUGCCAAGACCCACUAUUCGACUUCAUUGGAUCCCUUUCGGUCAAUGGGGCUAAGACGGCAAAAGUGAAUUACGGAGCUAAUGGCUGGGUCAGUCACCAAGUCACAGACUUGUGGGCAAAAACAUCACCGGAUGCUGGUGAUCCUUCAUGGGCUCUAUGGCCAAUGGGUGGGCCAUGGCUUGCUACACACCUGUGGGAACACUACAGUUUUACAAUGGACAGAGAAUUUUUGGAGAGAACAGCGUAUCCACUUUUGGAAGGAUCUGCCUCCUUUCUGUUGUCCUGGUUGAUUGAAGGCCAAGAUGGCUAUCUGGAGACCAAUCCUUCUACUUCCCCAGAGCAUUAUUUUAUUGCUCCGGAUGGCAUGAAAGCAUCUGUGAGCUAUUCAACAACUAUGGACAUGUCAAUUAUUAGAGAAGUAUUCUCAGCUGUUCUUCUGUCUGCUGAUAUUUUAGGAAAAUCCAGCACUGAUGUGGUUCAGAGGAUAAAAGCGGCACUACCAAGGCUCCCGCCAAUAAAAAUUGGUAGAGAUGGUACAAUCAUGGAAUGGGCACAAGAUUUUAAGGAUCCCGAACCUCAGCACAGGCAUGUAUCUCAUCUGUUUGGUCUUUAUCCUGGACAUACCAUGACACUUGAGCAAACACCUGACCUCUGCAAAGCUGUAGCCAAUACUCUUUAUAAAAGAGGUGAUAAAGGCCCUGGGUGGUCUACUUCAUGGAAGAUGGCCCUGUGGGCUCAUCUUCACAACAGUAAGCAUGCAUACAAAAUGAUUCUGCAGCUAAUCACUUUGAUAGACCCAAAGCACGAGCAUGAAAAGGAAGGAGGUCUAUACAGCAAUUUGUUCACAGCGCAUCCACCAUUCCAGAUUGAUGCAAAUUUUGGAUUCCCAGCUGCAUUGUGCGAAAUGCUUGUGCAGAGCACCGGGAGUGAUCUGUACCUGCUCCCUGCUCUGCCCCGCGACAAGUGGCCCCAUGGCAGCGUUAAAGGUUUGAGGGCCCGAGGCGGGUUGACGGUUAACAUUUGCUGGAAAGAAGGUAGCCUGCAUGAAGCUCUUGUAUGGUCUGGCAGCAGCGGGAAUUCGCCUGCGCUUGCGAGGAUCCACUAUGGCGACCAUGCUGCCGUGAUCAGCGCCUCUCCGGGUCAAGUUUACAGGUUCAACUCGGAGUUGAAGUGCUUGGAGACUUGGCAACUGUGA